UCUACCUUAUAUUUUCAUUUUUUACAUUAAUGGAAUCCUCUUUGCCUUCCACCCAAAUCUUGGAUUCUGGUGACAGUGCAGAGAGGAAAAAUGAAGCUAAAAAUUACAAUGAAGUGAUGUCCACCUUUCCGAAAGUUAAAGGCUUGAAUGGGUAUGAUUAUUACCUGUACCAAGGCUUUUGGUACGCUCCCUUCUUCUUGGAAGGACUCUUGUCUGUUCAAGAGCGCUUCAAUCCUCAAUCCACUGAUAUAUUUGUCGCCAGUUGUCCAAAAACUGGCACAACUUGGCUUAAGGCCCUCACUUUUGCUAUUUUCACACGAUCCCGUUUAAGUGGUUCAACAACUAGUUCUUUACUUACCAAGAUGCCACAUGACUGUGUUCCUUUUUUGGAAUAUCACCUUGCUCAAAACCCCAGUAAUCGGGACUUGGCAAUUCCUCUGGGACGCAAAGGAUGCUUUUGUUUCUUUGUGGUACUUUCUUGCCAGGCUGCAAAUGUCGAAAAAUGUUGAACCUCUUCCUCUGGAAGAGGCAUUUGAGUUGUUUUGCAAUGGAAUUGCAAAUUUUGGACCAUAUUGGGACCAUGUUUUAGGGUAUUGGAGAGCAAGCUUCGAGUUCCCUGAUAUUGUUCUUGACAUACGAGGAAAUGAAGAAAGACACCGCUGCUCAUGUUAAGAAACUAGCUGAGUUCAUGGGUUGUUCUUUAUGUUGCAUUAAACUCAAUCUAGAAGGUUAAGGAAGGCAACCACCACUUGCAGCCACUAGCUGUCACCGCCUAGCCGCCAGCCGUCUUCAUACUUGAAAGUUGAAUUAUCUUGUUUUUGAAUUCUGUGUAUAAAUAGAUAGCUAAGUGGAUGUUAUUCUGUGUGGAAAGAGAAGAAAGAAACACUAGAGAGAAAGAGAGAGGGAGUGUGUAGCUUUUGUUUAAUUAUUGUAAGCUUUUAUUGUUGAAAUAAAACAGUGUGUUUUAUCUCU